UAUAGUAUUCUGGGUCCUUGAUUGAUGUUCUUAUUUUUUUGCCUCCUUGAUCGCUACUUAAUCUUGGCGUAGGUCAGGGGAUUCGUUGGUCGAUUUUCCGACUUCGGUUUAUCUACUUUUGGAUCAGAAUACGAGAAUUUUGUGCUCUUGAGAUAAGAUGCCAACAUUGACUCCGGGGACUCUACUGAAACUCCUUGAUGGCAUGAAGGUGGGUGCUGCCAAACCGAUCGGCGAGCACCGGAGUGCGCUCUUGCAAGUGUCUGACAUCUUGCCAAUAGAUGUCGAUGAAAAGGAUCUCUGGCCAACGCGUGGGUUUUACAUUAAGGUGUCUGAUUCUUCCUAUUUUAUGUAUGCUAGCCUACCAUUUGAACAAAAUGACCUUGUUCUUAGCAACAAGAUGCAGCUUGGGCAGUUCAUGUAUGUAGAUAGAUUAGAGCCGGGCUUGCCUGUUCCGGUUGUCAAGGGAGCAAGGCCAUUGCCUGGAAGACACCCAUUGGUGGGCAGGCCGCAACCUAUUGUGCCAAUGAUAGAGAAUGGAGAAAGAUUAGGUACAAUUCUUACUAAUUGUGCAGUCGCUUCGCCUCGUAGAAGAAGCUUAUGGGGACUGAACAUGAUCCCAAUGAAUGGUGUUUCUUCACCUAAGCUAGGGAAGUCAGCCAUGUUGGAUUUUGGAGAGAGAAAGCCAGUCAAGGAAAGAACACAGACUUGCCUGAUUUCUCCACUGAUAAAUGGGAGAUUGCCCAAGGAAGCAUCAGAGAUGGCUUUUGGAUCACCAAGGACUGGGAAUAUUCUGUCUAAGAUAACACAUUGGAAGGGAGAAAUUGCCACUAAAAUAAGGGAAAGCAGCAUCACUUCAAAAUUUCGCAGGAACAAAAGCUUGGGCAAUGAAGGACUUGGAAUCCCAAGGACUCCCUCCACUGUAUGCACCCUUCUCAUCUUUCCUUUCAUCUAUUGAAUUAGUAGUUUUAUAUUAUCCAGCACCUAUUAUAGUAUUGAAAAAAGUUACCAGACAAAGGUCACUUGCAAUAGCUAAAAAUCAUGUGCAAGUCAUUCUCUGAGCUUACCAAUCUGCUAAAGAUAAUCCAAAUGUCUGACAAGAAGUACAACUCUUGGUUUAAGUAAUUGGGCAAACAUGAAUGCUUUUACCAAAACUAGAAUAGACGUUUCAGUUACAUAAUUUUGUAUCCAUAUAUAAAUUUUAUCCUUGAGCUCCUUUUCACCAAAAGUAAAGAGAACUCUAUAAACUGUAAUCUAAGCACAUAUCAAUUGGCUUCUGUUUAAUUUGGUGUGCUAAGAUAGGUCGCAAACCCUUACAUGGCUGAUUUAAUCUAAAGAUCAAUUCAUGGAUCAAUUAUCUCAUAAACUGGAUUGUCUUCAUCAAUGGCUAUGUGCUCAGAUUACAUGCAUUGCUACUUAUAUAUCCAUGAAAAGGAAUGUUACAAAUGAAAUACUAAAACUUUUUAUUUUUUUUGAGCAAUUCUAUGUCUUCGCAGCAGUUAAAUUUGAGCAACCACCCUCCCCCA